UGGAAGGCGAUAUUUGACAAAUACGACAUCGAGAAGAAAGGUUCAAUAUCCGCCACGAUAUUACAGAAAUUAUUAUACAAUGAGUUCAAAGUAUUUAUCACCAUUCGCCAUGCACAGUGUUAUACAAAUGAAAUUAAUGAUCACAAAAGCAGUGAAAUAGGAUGGAAUGUGGUGAAAAAAAUGAAACCGAUAAUAACUGUUUUGUCACAGAGAGAAAGCCUAGAGGAGUAUACGAACUUAAUAAAAAGUGAAAAUACUUCGUGUGAAAAUUUCGUGGUCACAAUAAGGAGUAAAUUUGAAGAAGUGUUUGAGAACGAGAAUGAAGUUUUAGAAGUACUCAAAGUUGUUGGCCAUGACGAAAAAUUACCAAUUAAUUCGGCGGACUACCACGAAAUACUGAAAAUGUUGACGGCUUCACUACGGAUGGCACGAAUAUACUGGCUAUAUGCUUUUACUAAUGGCGCAAAUCACAACGGCAUUUUGAAUUAUGAUUUUCUCAAAUAUAUACGACGCCAUAAGCUGUACAGAGAUAUACCUGAUCCUUGCAUAAUUAAACUCUACAAUGACAUCAAGAGUAUUCGCUUUUGA